AUGCCCAAAGCCCCCUCUUCGCAGCGCCGCGGCGCGCGGCCGGAAGGGCACCGCCCGCUCGCGCAAGAUAUCCAAGAAGACCAGAUGGUGUCGCGCUUCGGCCGUGUGCGCACGCCGAACCAGCGCCACAAGAAGAGCAAGGCGGCCGACGACGACGAGGGCGAAGGCCCAAGCCCCGGCAUGAAGGUCACCGGCGGCCGCGCCGGCAAGACGGUCGUCGAUCCCAAGCUCAGUCGCAACAUUCUGCGUCUUGCACGUGAGCAGCAGGACGAGAUCGAGCGCGAAGAAGGCGAGCUCGAGGCGGAAGAAGAGUACGAGCACCCGACGCCCGCCUUCCGCGGCGACGACGACCUCGAGGACGACGACGAGGGCGACGACGACGAGGCGUCGCUUGACAGUGAUGAUGGCGGCGACUUUUACGACCCCGACUAUGCACAGCUCGAUAUCCAGCCCGAAGACCACGCGCUGCUCGACCGGCACGACGAGGAGGAGGAGCGUGCUCUGGCCGAGGUCGGCGAGGACGGCCUGCCGCGGCCACGCACCAAGACGCUUGCGGACCUUAUUAUGGCCAAAAUCAACGCCGCAGAAGAGGGCGAGGCGAUGGAGUCGCACGACGACGACGAGCGCAUGAUGCCACCGGGCAUCAACCCCAAAGUGAUCGAGGUCUACGCCAAGGUCGGCGAGCUCCUCUCACGAUACAAGUCGGGGCCGCUCCCCAAAGCGUUCAAGAUUAUUCCUUCGCUGCCCGCGUGGGAAGACGUGCUGUACAUUACGAACCCCGAGACCUGGACGCCGCACGCGACGCUCGCCGCGACGCGCAUCUUUGUGUCCAACUUUAAGCCCGCGCAGUGCGAGCGGUACUACCAGCUCGUGUUCCUCGACAAGAUCCGCGACGAGAUCCGCGAGAACAAAAAGGUGAGCUACCAGAUGUACGAGGCGAUCAAAAAGUCGCUGUACAAGCCGGCCGCCUUUUUCAAAGGCAUCAUCUUUCCCCUCUGCGACGGCGGCGGCGUGACGCUAAAAGAGGCGGCGAUCAUCGGCUCGGUCCUGUCCAAGGUCUCGAUUCCAGUGCUGCACUCGGCGGCGGCGCUGCUGCGUCUCGCCGAGAUGGAGUACACCGGCCCGACGUCGCUCUUUAUCCGCAUUCUCCUCGACAAGAAGUACGCGCUGCCGUACAAGGUGAUUGACGCCCUCGUCUACCACUUUUUGCAGUUCGCCGACAAGUCCAAGGGCGUCGAGCUCACCCGGACGCGCGCCGGUGUCGUGGGCGAGCGCCGCAUGCCGGUGCUCUGGCACCAGAGCCUGCUCGUCUUUGUGCAGCGCUACAAGAGCGACCUGACGCCGGACCAGAAGCUCGCGCUUCUUGACCUGAUCCGCGUUCAGAAGCACGCGGGGAUCGAGCCCGACAUUCGCCGUGAGCUGUCGACGGGCGAGUCGCGCGGCGAGAUGCUGCCCGAGCCGCUGGACGAGGACGACGACAUGUCGCUUUGA